AUGAAUAUCGGGAGUACUACUGCGGCUGUCGCCGGCUCCAGAUCUCGCAUCACCAGUCAUAGCGAGCGCACUCCUCUUCUGAGCGUUGUCCCGACACGUCGGUACAGCCGGCGCCACCGGUCCACGACAUGUACUCGGUUCUGCUAUAUCCUCUUCCAGGUUACGAUAUUCUAUUCAAUAUUAUACCUUCUAGUACUUAUACCCUUGCGAAUACUGCCCGAAUGGAGUUCUCCGUUGAAAUGGCGAGAUAUCCCGCCCCCGCAUGAGCGAUACCCGUUACCGAAGAAUAAGGACUUGGGGCUCGAGAGACUGGUCAAAAUAUUGGACGAGACACCGGAUGCUGCGAAAGCCAAGCAGUGGAGCAAAUAUUAUACAUCGGGCGCUCAUGUCGCAGGAAAGAAUUACAGUCAGGCGGUUUGGACGAAGGAAAAAUGGGAAAGCUACGGGAUCAAGUCAGAGAUCGUGGAGUAUGAGGUGCUGUUAAAUUAUCCUGUUGGACAUAGGCUAGCCUUGGUUGAAAGGGCAGCUACUGGCGAUGCUAUGGAGGAUGAUGCAGCUGCUGAAAGCGGGAAAGAAAAACCGAAAGAAGAUAAGGUGCUGUUUGAGGCUAGCCUUGAGGAAGAUGAGGUACCGGGGAAUGAGUUUUCUCAAUCGAAGGACAGACUGCCGACUUUUCAUGGGUAUUCCGCUAAUGGCACAGUUACCGCCGAGUUUGUUUACGGCGGAUAUUGUGACUACGACUCAUUCAAACAAUUAGACGAGCUCAAGGUACCUAUCCAAGGUAACAUUGUUUUGUGUCGAUAUGGGUUAAUCUUCCGAGGCUUGAAGGUUCUCGGGGCGCAAGAUAGAGGUGCUGUUGGUGUUAUUAUCUUUACCGAUCCUGCGGAUGAUUACCCUGACGGCUGGUCUGGUGGCGGUGGCGGCAAUGGAAAACCAUACCCGGAGGGGAGCGGCCGGCAACCAUCAAGUGUUCAACGAGGGUCCGUACAGUUCCUGUCUUUGAGGCCGGGGGAUCCGACAACUCCGGGAUACGCAUCAAAGCCCGGAGUGCCAAGGACCGAUGAGCACGAAGCUAUCCCGAGCAUUCCAAGCCUACCGAUCAGUUAUCUUGAUGCAGCACCCAUCCUCAAAGUUCUAAAUGGGUGGGGAUAUCAGCCGGAGGGGUGGAAAAAAGGUGGGCUGGUAGAUCGAGGAGUGGACUAUUGGACUGGGCCGGUUGGCUUUGAACCUGAAAGGGUUCGCGGUGUCGAAGCUUCAAAGCCUACGAAAACUGGCAGCGGAAAACCGACGAAGACCCUGCUCCACUUGGAAAAUAUUGUCGAGUAUACCCUUACACCGAUUUGGGAUGUCAUCGGCAUUAUCAAUGGCUCCAUCAGCGACGAAAUUGUUGUCAUUGGUAAUCAUCGUGAUGCUUGGAACGCUGGUGCUGGAGAUCCAGUUUCUGGUAGCACAGCGGUAAUGGAGUUGUCAAGAACCUUUGGCGAAAUGCUUAAGAAGGACUGGAAACCCCUUCGCACGAUUAUUCUAGCCUCAUGGGAUGGUGAAGAGUAUGGUCUAGUUGGCUCUACGGAAUGGGUCGAGGAACACAGAGCCUUCCUCAUGCAAAAUGCAGUCGCGUACCUUAAUAUUGACGUCGCUACUUCAGGGCCAUGGCUUGAUGCGGCAUCAGCGCCUUUGAUGUACAAGGUGUUUACAGACGCAAUGAAGGCCAUCAAGGAUCCUCUGGCGGGCAGCAAGCGAGAUUUGAUCCACAAAGGAGAAUCUGUCCGACCAGUUGCGGCCGCUAUGAAGCCUGUUAUUCCGGAUUCCGAAGGAAUAAAUGUUUACCAAGAUCGCGAACGUGACCAUAACCGACAGAAUUAUAAGGGUAGCAUCUAUGAGAUCUGGAGCAAAGGUGGAGGAAUUAUUCAACCGGUUGGAAGUGGUUCCGACUUCGUCGGCUUUCAAGAUAUCGCCCUGAUUCCUAGUUCUGAUUUCAGUUUUAGGCAAGGAGCUAGUGGCGCUGUCUAUCAUUAUCACUCCAACUACGACUCAUUUGACUGGAUGGAAAAAUUCGGAGACCCUGGCUUUAAGUACCAUGUUGCAGCGGCAAAACUAAUCGGCCACAUGGUCCUGAGUCUAACCGAAACCCCUGUUAUCCCAUUUAGCUUGACAGACUAUGCAAACUUCCUGGAAAAACAUCUUAACCAAGCCAUUGAUUUCUUUGACAAGACAGCCAAAGCUACUGCAACCAGUUCUUUGACAACGGAAGUAAAUUCCGAUAUCAAUAUUAUCAAAGGGGUCCAUAGGUCCCGCGAAUCCCUUACCCGCCUUGGAGAACAAAUUGCCAAACUCAAAAAAAUAGCCGUGCAGUUUGAUGAGGAGGCUGUAGCACUUACUCAGGAAAUCAAUGACCUAGAUCCGGAGGUUCCAUGGUACAGGUGGUGGCAAAGCUUGCAUUAUUGGGCUAAGGUCAAGGAGUUAAACAACAAAAUUCAGUUCUUCGAAAGAAAAUUUGUAUAUGAAGAUGGGCUGGAUGGAAGAGAGGUGUUCAAACAUGUAGUAUUUGCUCCCGGAUUGUGGACGGGGUAUUCUGGCGCUGUUUUUCCGGGUAUUCUCGAAAGCGUUGAGUCUAGGAAUUGGACAAAUGUUGAGCGGUGGUCAGAGAUUAUUCAGAAAUGUGUGAUCGAUGCUACAAGGAGUAUUGAGUUGGACCGACUAAAUUAUAAGCCAUAA